CACAGUUUCUCACCUCUGCGAACCAGAGAGACAGACGAAAACCAGAUAGAGAGAGAGAGAUGCAAUCGCUGCAGGAGAAGGCAUCGGUGUUGAGCGGCGUCGAUCAGACUGAGGCUUUUGCCAUCGACGAAUCCAAUCUGUUCGAAAAGCUUGGUCUUCAGGCCUUCAUCAACCUAUCCACCAAUUUCUACACCAGGGUAUAUGACGACGAAGAAGAAUGGUUUCGGUCCAUCUUUUCUAACUCAAACAAAGAAGAUGCCAUCCAGAACCAGUAUGAGUUCUUCGUCCAGCGUAUGGGAGGCCCUCCUUUGUAUUCUCAAAGGAAAGGUCAUCCUGCUUUGAUCGGACGUCACCGUCCAUUUCCAGUGACCCAUCAAGCUGCUGAGAGAUGGCUGCAGCACAUGCAAAAUGCUCUGGAGGACUCAGUUGACAUUGACGAGGACUCAAAAAUCAAAAUGAUGAAGUUCUUCAGGCACACCGCAUUCUUCCUCGUGGCUGGAAACGAGCUGAAGAAUCAGAAUGAGAAACCGAAGCAUAAGCCUCAAUGUGCUUGCAAACACACAGCCAAUAAACCAGCUGAAGAAUAAUUUAACUACAGAUUCUUGUUCUACUUUAACUUUCAUUCAAAGUACACAAAGAUUCGAGGAAUAUUGUCUUUACUGGAAAGCAAUGUAAGAGAAAUAGAACUGGUCUUGGCUC